AUGAGUGAUAGUGUGGAAUCCAUCACUGAGAAAGACACACUAGGGAACAAAUGUCUAUGUUUCAAAACCCAGAUUGGACUUAAAAGGAACUUAUGGUCACACAUUUCAAGUAUAGCAUUACUACUAUUUCCAUAUCUACUUUUCGGAACUACUACACUGCCAUGGCUAGGAAAUUUUUAUGGUUGGACUAUUCCGGUAGUUGUCGUGUUUUUGUUCUGCAUGUCACUCAUUUUGUUCUUUCUAGCAUCAUAUACUAAUCCUGGAAUCCUACUACGUCACCAUGACCCGUACAAUUUAUAUGAUCAUAUAAAGGGUGGUAAGCGUAGUAGCAGAAUUUUGCCGCAAAUUGAGGUUGUCAUCCAUGGGAAGUUUCUUCGAAUAAAGUAUUGCUACACAUGUAACAUGUAUAGAUCACCAAGAAGUAUUCAUUGUAGUGUAUGCGAUGUUUGUGUCAAUAAAUUUGAUCACCACUGCAAAUGGUUGGGAAACUGCAUUGGAUCAAACAACUAUUUGACUUUCAUCUCGUUUAUUGUUAUUACUUUUGUUAUUACAGCAAUGAUGGUGUGCUUCUCCAUAAUCAGAAUUGUGGCUCUUAGCUCAGAGGGUGGAUUAAGUGGUAUACUAGAAUGCGGUUUUCUCCUACUCUACAUCCUCACCACUGGGUGGUUUAUUGUGGGCUUAAUGCUCUAUCACCUAUAUCUUAUUUGUACAAAUCAAACAACCAAUGAGCAAUUGAAAUCUACGUAUGCCAACUAUAAUCCUUGGAAUAGAGGAACAAGGCAAAACAUUUGUGAUACCUUCUUUUCCAAAGUGAACAUAAAAACUAUAUACAGAUACGCACCAAAAGGGAAUCAAAUUUAUAAUCCAGGUGCUAAUAUGUAUUAUUUUGAAACAGAUUCUUCUCUCGAGAAAAAACUGAAGGGUAUUAUAGAAAUAUAUAGUAUGUACAAUAUAGAUCCUCCAACAUAUGAGGAAAACGCAAAUAGCUUCGCAUCGCAGAGUAACGAUUCAAAUAAUAUUUCAAAUGCAAGUGAAGAUAGUCAUUACGAUAGGUUAAGUAUAACACAUACUAGUAUUGGAACUAAUUUUCCAGGAAACAAUACAAAAGAUAUCUAUGGCUUUCAAAAAUACGAGGAACCAAAUAUGAUAGAAUCUAUACCUAACAUAAAGGAGCCCCUUGAAUUCUCUGGAGAUAGUAAAUCAAAUAAAAACUUACCUUUCAAGGAUGAAGCAUUAAAUACCUCGAACAAUCAUGAACGAAGAAAUGUUGUUUUACCGGGUGAUAGACAUGACUACGUUAGUGGCGCCAUUAAUCGGCAAGGAAAAGUUAGAAAAACGAUUCCAGACAUACAAAAGGAAAGUGUUAAUAACAAAACUGCAACAGUUUAUACCACUGUAAAUGCAUUUCAGACCUCCGAAAGAGGGAUACAUGUAGACAGCGCCCUGAAUGAUCCACCUGAAUACAAACCAGACGAGCACCAAAGGAAACAAGGAUUCUGCUGUAAUCUAAGAAUGUAA